GGAGAGUUCAUCUCGACAGACUACGAUGCAUACAACGCAGGAGACCUGGGCCACCGCCCAUACCACAGCUUCUACUCCAGCCCGGAACACGCACCUGUGCUGCAGGCCAAUGUCUGGAACGAGAGUGACAUCUCCAAGGAGGGAUCUCACAUUUUCCUCCGCAACGAUGGACAAAAUGGGUCAUCGCUCUCGUCGCCCCUGAUCAUCGACGCCAACGACCUCACCACGGUCUUCAUGAACCGGUCCUUUGAGAACAUCUUUGAUGUGCGCGUCCAGGAGAACCUGGGCAAGAAGUACCUGACGUUCUGGGAGGGGCGCAGGGGCGACGGCAUAAGUGAUGGGUACGGGCUCGCAUACGAUGAGAAUUACCGCCUGGCGUACAAAGUCUCGGCCAAGGGUCUCCGGGUCCGCGCAGAUCUUCACGAGUUCGCCUUCACGGGGAAUGGGACGGCUCUGCUCCUUGCCGUCGACCACAGGAAGGUCGAUACGUCGCGAUGGCCCGGGUGGCGAUAUGGCAAGAAGUUUUGGGUCCUAGAUGAGGUGUUUCAGGAGGUGGACCUGGAGACGAACGAGGUCUUGUUUAGCUGGCGGCUUAUGGAUCACAUCGAUCCCAUGGAUUCUUUCGAGAGGGUCGCCCAUGACUGGGACACCUAUCAUAUGAACAGCAUCCAAAAGACCCAAGAUGGAAACUAUCUGAUCUCGAUCCGGCAUCUCCACUCCAUAUAUCUCAUCAACGGCAAGACCGGCGAUAUUAUGUGGACGCUGGGCGGCAAGCGCAACAUCUUCAAGGAGCUCCCAUCGCCCGACGGCUAUGAUGAGCCCCUCGCACCCCUCCUUACGAUGGGCUGGCAGCACCACGCCCGCUGGGUGCCCAACACCAACGAGACCGAGAUGACCUUCUUCGACAAUCACCACAAGAUCACCACGCACGGCGAGUGCAGGCCCGGACAGUGCUCACGCGGCCUCCACAUCCGCAUCGACGACACCGUCUCGCCGCCGACCGCCCAGAUCCUGCGGGAGUGGUUCCACCCAUCACAGCUGCAGGCUCAGAGCCAGGGCAGCGUCCAGCCGCUCUCCGUGACUGAGGACGGCAGCUUCGACCGCGUCUUCAUCGGCUGGGGCAGGUGCCCUACAUUCACGGAGCACGACGCCGUGACGGGCGAGGCGGUGAUGGACGUGCAGUUCUCACCCUGGCACAGCGAGGAGAUCCCGGAUGCGCUGGACAAUUACCGCGCGUACAAGCAGGACUGGGUGGGCAAGCCAUGGUGGACCCCGUCUGUGGUGCUGCGGGAGGGCGAGCUGGGCGAGGAGGGCGAGCUGGAGGUGUACGUCAGCUGGAACGGCGCGACUGAGGUGCGGAACUGGACCGUGAAGGGUCUCGUGGGCCGAGACGAGAUCGACGUGAGAAAAGGUGAACAGAGUCUGGAGAUUCUGGCGAGCUCGCGGCGGACGGGCUUCGAGACGAGGAUGACUGUCAACAGGACUGCGCUGCAGUACCUCUGGGCUGAGGCGCUGGAUGGGCAAGGGAAUAUCCUUGGCUCCACGGAGACCCUGAACCUC